AUGUCUUGUGGGGAUUGUGUAUCAGGAGAAAGGGUUGAGAGACAAGGAGAGAUACCGGACAGAAAUGUUGGAAUACCAAUCUUCCAUGCACUCACAAGCUCAAUAAAUAAUAACUUUGAGGUAGCCAGCAGUGGAUCUCUUCUGGGUGGUAUUAGGUUGGGCCAGAUAAGGUUUGAGUCCAAAGUUGCUCCACCGGAAUCUUGUCCAUUUGGGUAGGAACUUAUGAACUGAUUGGGUGACCCUUCGUAGUGGUGGUUAGAUUGUACAUUAGACGAGAGAUGUACAGAUAGAAAGUUGAUCUUGGAUUUUAGUUUUGAACUUGUGUUGGCGACAAGAGUGCCACUAUGGCCAAUGAUACAUAUUAGGAUUCCUCCAACUCCUUUACUUUUCGUAGGAGGUAAUAACAGUUGUGUAGGAAUACCUUUCCUUCGCUAACUUGGAUAGUCAGACUAAGAUUGUAAUGUAGAAAACUCCCACUACACCACUCUUGAAGCUUUGUGAGUCAUUGUCUUCGAGUUUAUUGCAUGGAAUUGUUUGGUAUGGCUUACACGUCCUGAACUUUUUCCAUGUACGAGUGUGCUGUCUCAUUGGGCCGCUGAUGAUGGCCCUUAUUUGGUGGUUUAUACAUGUACAAAGUUUUUCCUUGUAGGAGGGUGCUGUCUCAGUGAGGGACGCUGUGACAAUGGCACUUGGCUGUCUUUAGUAUAUGAUGCAGUUAUCUAGUUAUACAACCAGCAACAUUGGGGCAGCUCAUUGUAUAUCGUUUG